GUAACACAUUCGAAAAUUUUUUACGGAACGAAGAAGGCACGGGUACGUCCGGAUUUUGCGCGUUUUCGUGUGUUUGGUCGCUACUCGAGUGUAAAGAAAUUUGAAAACCCCCCAAAAAGAAACGCGAGUGCAGUUUUUGUAAAUACAAAAAGGAAGAGCAUUUUUCUAGUGUCAAACCAGUUUGAAAAGUUCGAAAAAAUAUAUAUAUAGAUAGAUAUAUAUAUGUGUGCCACCGCCAGUUCUAAUCUUUAAAUCAAUAAACAAAACUGGAAGCCAUUAGCUGAAAUCACAACAACAGCAACCGCAGAAGAAAUCAACGGGGAAAAUGAAGCCAAAGCAGAAGAUUUCCGUAGAGCCGCUUGUGCUCGCAGCAAUCCUCCUUGGAAUUUUGGUAGCCGUCACCCACGCUCAAGAUCAGAAAUCCGUGAAACCAUCGGCGGUAGCGCCAUCAGCAGCAGCCUCUCGGCCCCGGGAUGAAAUCUAUAUCGAUGAUGAUAGCAUCGAGGGCUCAGGCGGACGCGGCGGGAUACACGACGAUCUAGAGAAAGAUCCGGACUAUUCUGGCUCCGGCUUUGGACCCGAUGACGAGGACGCCGAACCCGACCAGCGCUCGCACAGUUCGCACAACACGCGCAUCUCGCAGAGCGGCAACGCCGGCAUAAACACAGCUCAUACACCAACACAACCCUCAUCCACAACCUCAACAACUUCGAGUACCACACCAACGCCAACGACGACCACAACAACAACCGCCGCAUCCACCACCACCACCACCACAACAGCAGCAGCCACAACCUCAACGAUCCAACCAUCCAUUGCCUUUAACACAACCACAUCGACUGCGACCCCGCCCAAGAUCCCCUCACAGCCGAGUCAGCCCGUGUUCCCGGCCUUUGACAAAGAUCUCGACUUGGAGGCCAGUGGCGAUGGCACCAACACGGACAACGAUGACGAUGAGGACAAAGACUAUGACUAUGACAAGGAUCUGGAUGCAGAAAUUGAUAUCGAUGGUCCGGCACCUGGUAAUGCGCCACCAGUUUCGACCAACUCUGGCAAAGAUGAUCAUCAUAGCACCGAGGAUGAGUUCAAUGUGGAUGACAACGACGAGGAGGAUGGUGCGGACAUCGGUGGUCCGAGGAUCGGUGGCAACGAUGGCGAUAUUACAGAGCGCGAACCGGGCGCAGGUGGCAGCGACGUGCACGAAUUGGACCCCAACACGAACGUGAAUAGCCAGCCCUCCGACACGAAGACCAUCGAUCACAGGGUUAACGGCAACGAAGUGGUCAUCAUGAGCGAGGACGAUCGCACGUCGAGCUUCUUCUCGCAGCCCGGAAUCCUGGCUGCUGUUAUUGGCGGUGCCGUCGUCGGCCUGCUCUGCGCCAUACUCGUGGUCAUGUUCAUCGUGUACCGCAUGAGGAAAAAGGACGAGGGAUCGUAUGCGCUGGACGAGCCCAAGAGAUCGCCGGCCAACAAUUCGUAUGCGAAAAACGCGAAUAAUCGCGAGUUCUACGCCUGAGAUAAUGGCACGGCGCGCAGGUAUUAAGUUGACCACAAGUACAGGAUCGUAGUGUGAGGGCGAGGAUAGGGAAGCGACUGGACAGAGGCGGAGCGACUGGAUUUGGUUGGGCUCAACUGGAUACACUGUGCGGAGUGUCGGAGUGGUGGAUUGGCGGAGCACCAUCAUCAGCGAACCACUACAACAAGGAUAACUCAUCCGCAGCAGCUAAACUAACACAAAAACAAUUGAAAAUUUCAAACAUUUUCAGAAAACACACACAAUUUUUCGUGAGGGGUAAAUAACACUAAAACUAAAUAAAAACAAACAAGAAACAAAUCGGCAAUAUAAUAUCGAAAGAAAAACAAAAAACAUAAAAAAGGAAGAGAAAAAUGAAAAAAAUGAAAACUUACCUGUAAGUUAAUGCAAGAUACACACACACAGACAGGCAAAUGAACUCUCUGCGUGUGUGUGGGUGUGUGUAUGCGACUUUUCUAAUUAAGUAAGUUUUAAGCGACAAAAACAAACAAGAAUAUCAAAUAUAAUUGCAAAUAAAUGAUGCAAAAUUUAAUAUAUAAAUAAUAUAUUAUAUAUAAAUAGUGAAACCAAUAUAAGGGCGGGCAAAAUUAAGCGAAUUAAUUAUGAAUUACGAGUAUGUAGAGCAAAAGCAGAAUGAGCAGGAGAAAAUUGAAUAAUAAUAACUAUAAUAAUACACACAAACACACACACACACGCGCAUCCAACUACAUAGAUGUAAAGGGCAACUUUCGUGCAUAUUGAAUAUAAAUGUAUGGAUUAUAUAUGUUAGCUGAAUAACGAAAGCGAAUUGGAUACAUCACGAUUAUCUCUCAACUCUCUCGAUAGGACCCCUCGUCGAACCACUCACACACGCCCACACUUAACUCUUUAUUUUCCACCAAUCAAUUAUCAAUUGUCUAACAAAACAAAGUCCAAUGAAGGUAAUUAUUAUUAUUAUGAAUUGUGCGGCACAUAACGAACGGAAAUCGAUGCAUAAAUGUUUUUAAGUUAUACAUAAGCAAAACUAUGUAAUUAUUAGUGUAAUUCCUAAAAACAAAAACCAAACAAAAAACGAAAAACAAAAAAUACUAAAACAGAUUUAUGAUGAAACACUGUGAACCCUUCUGGCAAACUGACAAAAAACAAACAGAAUUGAAAUGAAAAAGAACUAUUUCUACUUUUUUCUAGAAAACACAAAACCACGAAUAUUUAUUGAAAUGAAAUUGAAAUUGGGAAAUGAAUUCAAACAACUAAGCAGAAAUGAGAGAUCGUCAACGAGAAAGCAAUUGUACAUUAAUUUAGGUUUCCACUUGGGUUUUAGAGUUAUUCGAGAUUUCCUUCGCUUGACUCAACUGCUUCUUCCAUGGCUAAGAAUCAAAAUCGGAUUAACGCAUUAAUUAUUGUGCAUUUAUUUAGUUUUUACGUUCGCUGUCAAUGACAAUUGUUUAGUUUUGCAAGCAAAAUACAAAAUACAAAAGCGAAUUACGAACGAGAACAACAACAACAAAAACCGCCACAACAUCCACAGAUAACCACAUUGCAAUAGUGAAAAUUAAUUGUUAAGUUUACAUGGCAAAAUCAUUUUGAAUUUAAACGAAAGCAAGCAGUCCAGCAACAAAUGUUAUACUCACCCAUAUACCCAACACCCACCACCCACACAACCAACCAAUUAGCUGCAAUACUUGUUUAAUUGUUAGUCAACCAAUAUUCUCUCUCCAACUCUCAUGCCAUAUUUUCAUUGCGAAAAGAAAGUUAUGAAAAAACGAAAACUAAUAUAUAACAUAUAAGUAUAUAAUUAGCAACAUAAAUCAAUUGUGUGUGUAACUGUGUAUAAUGCAUAAAUAAUGAAUUAACAUACUACUACUUCGACAGCAGAGCAUAUAACAAAGGGAAAUUUCGAACAUCAUCAGAACAGAAAACUAAAACCCCCUUCCACAAUCCACAAUCUACUCAAACUGAAACUUACACACUCAAAAACCAACACACACACACACACACACUGAGACACAAGCAAACACAAAAACAUGAACAGCAGCAGCAACUGGAACAAAAACAUUUUUCUGAACACAACUUUUUCUACACUGUAAAAAACGCAACCGCAACUUUUUUGAUAUGUACAAGUACUAUGUUUGUUCAACUCUCGACCCAUAGUACGUUUUGUCAAAUUUUACAUCAAACUUUUUUUGCUACUUUGUAAGCGUUUAGUUUGUUAGUUUUUUUAAAAUGCGCUGAAUGUACUGAGAAAUUGGUUUUGAUUUGCUAAAUAAAACUGGUAUAAAACUAA